ACACAUCACUCGUCAGCAGUCUACAAACGAACAAACAAUCACUGGGAAGCAGUGCGAAGGCUGCAGACCCUGAAAUUGGCUACGGCCAACGUUGACACAAGACAACUGGAUCCUUGCUUGUUGAAGACGUUUCACCUUUAACCCAAAAGGAGUUUUACAUUUAAAGUGUCGAGUUCCACUGUUUAUGCCGAGAAUCCACAUAGAGUCGAAGAAGAAGGAGGUGGAGGAGAGGUUUACAAGCGGCUCCUUGACUUGGAAGUAAAGAUGAAUCUGAGUGGAAUACGCCAAGUGGCUAACCGUGUUAGCACAGUUCAGUUGAGGAAACAUUUAUUAUUGGACAGACAAAUAUAUCUCACACAUAAACUGUGUUAUUUGCCGCUGCAGAGGUCAUUUAAAAGUCAUUCACCAAAGUUCGCUUACGCAAAGGACUUGUUCCUCGGUCAAGUCAACAAGGCAGAAGUAUUCCCGUUUCCACAAAUUACAAAUGAAGAAGUGGAAGAAAUCAAUCAGCUUGUUGCUCCUGUGGAAAAAUUCUUCAACGAGGAAGUCGACUCUGCAAAAAUUGACAGAGAAGCCAGCAUUCCCAAGGAGACUUUAAAUGGAAUUAAGGAGCUUGGGCUUUUUGGAAUCCAGAUCCCCGAGCAGUAUGGGGGUCUUGGAUUGUCCAACACCAUGUAUGCACGUCUAGCAGAGAUCAUCUCCUUGGAUGGAUCCAUUGCUGUCACUCUGGCUGCACACCAAGCUAUCGGAUUGAAGGGUAUUCUUAUAGCGGGGAAUGAAUCCCAGAAGAACAAGUAUCUGCCUAAACUUGCCACAGGAGAAAACAUUGCAGCUUUUUGUUUGACGGAACCUGGAAGUGGAAGUGAUGCAGCGUCCAUUCAGACACGAGCAACCUUGUCAGAGGAUGGAAAGCAUUACCUGAUCAACGGUUCCAAGAUCUGGAUUUCCAACGGAGGACUGGCCGAUGUCAUGACUGUGUUUGCACGCACUGAGGUCGAAGUAGAGGGCGUAAAGAAGGAUAAGAUUUCUGCCUUUAUUGUGGAGAGAGCGUUUGGAGGAAUCACCAGUGGAAAGCCUGAAGACAAACUUGGCAUCCGGGGCUCCAACACUUGUGAAGUGACCUUUGACAACGUACCGGUGCCUUUGGAGAACAUUAUUGGACAAUUAGGUGAUGGAUUCAAGAUCGCCAUGAACAUACUCAACUCUGGAAGAUUCAGCAUGGGAAGCUCCUCUGCUGGAAUGAUUAAGAAACUGAUUGAGCUGACUUCUGAAUAUGCUGCAACAAGGAAGCAGUUCAACAAAAGCCUGAGUGAAUUUGGUAUGAUACAGGAGAAGUUUGCACUCAUGGCACUGAAUGCCUUCGUCAUGGAGAGCAUGGCUUACCUGACUGCAGGAAUGAUGGACAGACCUGGACUGCCAGAUUGCUCUUUGGAGGCUGCUAUGGUCAAGGUGUUCAGCUCAGAGGGAGGUUGGAUUUGUGUGAGUGAAGCUCUUCAGGUCCUUGGAGGCCUGGGUUACACCAAGGACUAUCCAUUUGAACGCUACGUCAGGGACUGUCGCAUCCUGCCUAUAUUUGAGGGUACCAAUGAAAUUCUGAGAAUGUACAUCGCUCUGACUGGAAUGCAGCAUGCUGGUAAAACGCUCACUGGAAAAGUCAAAGAGAUGAAAAAAGGAAAUGUAGGCGUGGCCCUGGGAAUGGUUGGCAAGAAGAUGAAGAACUUAUUUGGAAGUUCUCCAGACUUUGGCCUUGGUGGGAAAAAUGGAGUUGUCCAUCCAAACUUAGCGGAAAGUGCACUGAAGUUUGAACAGAAUGUUCACCUCUUUGGACUGACUGUGGAGAGCUUGUUGUACAGAUAUGGAAAGUCAAUUGUGGAUGAACAGCUCGUUCUGAAGAGAGUAGCAGAUGUGCUCAUCAACUUGUACGCCAUGACAGCUGUACUGUCCAGAAGCAGCCGCUCCAUCAGCCUGGGCCUGAGGAACCAUGAUCACGAGGUGCUGCUCACCAACACCUUCUGCAGCGACGCAUUCUUCAAGAACAAUUAUUGGAUGACUCAACUGCAAAAAUACUCUCCUGAGAACAAUGAUGCCAGCAUCAAGAAGAUUGCUCGGGAUGUCUUGGAGAACAGAUCAUACAUCUGCUCUCAUCCUCUGGAGAGAACAUUUUGACUUGUGUGACUAACACUGCGAUUGCAUUUAUGUAGAAUAAAGCCUGGACACACGUAUAAAUACACACACAAUAUACUUAUACAGUACAUACAUUAUACAAAAAAGUCUAAUUUUAUUCAAAACUAUUAAAUCAUUCAUAAAAUGUAAUGUUUACCUCAUUCUGGACCAGAAUAAGCAGAAGGAAAGGAUGGGUCUAUGGAUGGAAAAGAUUGAAAAAUUACAAUUACGUAAUUUAAAAAGUUAAUAAAUAUCAAAUACAUAAAACAAUUUAAUAGAAAAAAAUAUUAAAUACAUUUUAAAAAUUGAAACUUGCUGUAUAAUAGAUGCAUGCAUUAUGUGUCCAGAUUUUAGGGACACCCUGUAGAAUAAUAUACUUUUGACAGUGGUAAUAUUAGUCAGAAAUAACAGCAAAAGUUGAUAUAAAAUGGGCUGAAAUGAAAGUGUUACUUUAACAUUUUUAAAUACUGACUUUUUGUGUGGUUUAUCUUAAGUGCAUUAUG